UCCUGCCAAAAUAGAAGUUACGACUACGAUCCCUUUUUAAUUCAUCGGGGCUAAGCAAAUUUGGUUGGUAUGGUUACGGGUUACCGACCCGUAUUUGUUUCUCUGGUCGACUGAAAGUUUCCAACGGACGAAGAUCCCGAGUUGUCGACGCUGAUGCCAUUGCUUCCCGCUCCUCUUUCUCUCUACUCAAAACCCUAAAUUCUCCUUUUGCUGAAACCUAACAGUCACAUUUGGAAGUAUCUAUUCAUAGAUUAUCCCCUUCCAUGACGUCAAAUGCGAGCUCUUCGUCAUUCUCCGACGAGGACGAAGAAUCCGCCGGCCAAAAACCUAAAACCGGUUCAAUUGAUUACUCCCCGGACGCUAUCGAAAACCAGUUGCCAUCAAUCGCAUUGAACACUUCAAUUGACGAAGAAAAGGUAUCAGUUGCUGAUGAUCAUCACGAACCUGUCACGGAGAUCGCCAGGGGAUCUUCGAGGGAAAUUGAACCGGAAAGGCUGAUAAGUUCGACUGGGGAGAGUAACCUGUCCACGGAGACGGGGGUGUGGAGGAAUAGUUCGAAGGUGGAGGUAGAUGGGGCUACGUCAAGCCCAUGUAGCAGUGGGUAUGCCGGUGAGAUGGGUACUAGUAGUGGUACCGCUAGUACGUCUGGAGCUGAUGAUAUUCAGGAGCUUCGGAAUAAUAGUUCUUCCGUGGGUAACGAUGGAGAGGUGUUGCAUUCUGCUCAAUGGGUUCCUGGUAAACGGCACGUUGAUGAGGAUGACACUUGUAUGUCUUGGAGAGAAAGGAAGAAACAUUUUUUUGUUUUGAGUCACUCUGGAAAACCUAUAUUUUCGAGAUAUGGAAAUGAACACAAGCUAGCAGGAUUUUCAGCAACUCUACAAGCCAUUAUUUCCUUUGUUAAAGACGGGGGCGACCGGAUUCAUUUGAUUAGGGCAGGAAAACACCAGGUGGUUUUUCUUGUAAAAGGACCAAUUUAUUUAGUUUGCAUAAGUUGUACAGAAGAGCCUUAUGAGUCAUUACGUGGUCAACUGGAACUUCUUUAUGGUCAGAUGGUGCUUAUACUCACAGAGUCUGUAAGUAGAUAUUUUGAGAAGAAUCCAAAGUUUGAUAUGACGCCUUUACUUGGAGGAACAGAUGCUGUUUUCUCUUCCCUCUUCCACGCUUUUAGUUGGAACCCUGCCUCUUUUCUUCAUGCAUACACCUGUCUUCCCCUUCCUUGUGCAACAAGGCAAGCUGCUGCUGCUAUCUUGCAAGAUGUUUCUGAUUCAGGCGUCAUCUAUUCAAUGCUCAUGUGUAAAUACAAGGUUGUGAGUCUUGUAGGUGCACAGAAAGCACCACUUCAUCCUGAUGACAUGCUGCUUCUUGCUAAUUUUGUCAUGUCAUCUGAAUCUUUUAGGACAUCUGAGUCAUUCUCCCCCAUAUGUUUACCAAGAUACAAUGCCAUGGCCUUUCUACAUGCUUAUGUUCAUUAUUUUGAUGAUGAUACGUACCUGGUGUUGCUAACAUCUAAUUCUGAUGCCUUCUUUCAUCUAAAAGAUUGUCGGAUACAAAUUGAGAAUGUUCUUGUGAAGUCUAAUGUUCUAAGUGACAUUCAAAGAUCUUUACUGGAAGGUGGGAUGCGAGUUGAGAAUUUACCUCUCUACCCCUCAACUCGUUACGGGUCAUUAUUCCACAAUGAGCCGAGUGACAGAUCACAGGAAUCAUUACAACCAGGUAUCGGUGGGCCCGAUGGACUGUGGCAUUUCAUAUACCGCAGUAUGAAUCUUGAUCAAUAUGUAUCCUCCAAGUUUUCAUCUCCAAUCACUACUCACCAACACCAAAAAAGAUUGUAUCGAGCGUAUCAGAAGCUUUACGCCUCCAUGCACGAUAAAGAAACCGGACCCCACAAAACCCAGUUCAAAAGGGACGGAAAUUAUGUUUUACUAUGCUGGGUGACAACGGAUUUUGAACUUUAUGCAGCUUUUGAUCCGCUUGCAGACAAGGGUUCGGCUAUAAGGAUAUGUAACCGUGUGUGCCAGUGGGUGAAAGAUGUUGAGAAUGAAAUAUUUUUAUUAGGAGGAGGAAGCACUUUUGCAUGGUGAGUUGAAUUUGAUAUAUCUAUCUAUCUAUCUAUGAUGUAUUGAUGUAUCUUGUUGAUGUUGGUUGUUGAGGUAGCAAAUGCAAAUUAAUGUGUCUAGAAUGAUAUAUAUGUUGUUACCUUUGGUCAAAAAAAAUAAUGCAACCAGAUUGGGUUGGGCCUCA